CCCUUGCCGGUCUCGGCCCACUCCCAAAGUUAAAGAAGCCUCUAUUGUUAGUGUUAGCCCGCCAUCACUGCGCUUCACCGAGCAGCUAAGCUAAGCUAGCCAGCGCGUAUCAGUGUAUCACACACAGCGCGCGCGCAAACGCAAACUUCAUAAACACCCGGCCAUGGCCACGGCAGUCACGCCGGCGAGGCAUGCACUGCGCCUGCUUGCUCUCGCGGCGGUUUGGGUCUCAGUGGCGGCGGCGGCGAAGGUGCCGGCGUUGUACGUGUUCGGGGACUCGACGGCGGACGUGGGCAGCAACAACUACCUGCCGGGCAGCGCCGUGCCGCGGGCAAACUUCCCGCACAACGGCAUCGACUUCCCGACGUCGCGCGCCACCGGCCGGUUCAGCAAUGGCUACAACGGCAUCGACUUCUUGGCUCUUAACAUGGGAUUCAAGCGAAGCCCCCCGCCAUUCCUCUCGGUGGCUAACAAGACCAACAAGCAAAUCUCGCAAGGGCUGCUGGGAGUAAACUUUGCGUCUGCAGGGUCAGGCAUUCUUGACACCACGGGGGACUCCAUCGUCGCAAUGAGCAAGCAGGUCGAGCAAUUCGCCACUCUCCGAUGCAACAUCUCCGCACGCAUCAGCAGAGAAGCAGCCGACGACGUGCUGUCGAGAUCCUUGUUCCUCAUCAGCACCGGCGGCAACGACAUCUUCGCCUUCUUCUCGGCCAACAGCACGCCGACGGCAGCGCAGAAGCAGCUCUUCACUGCCAACCUCGUCUCGCUGUACGUAAAUCAUUCCAAGGCUCUGUAUGCUCUCGGCGCGAGGAAGUUCGCCGUGAUCGACGUCCCGCCGAUCGGGUGCUGCCCUUACCCGAGGAGCCUGCACCCUCUGGGUGCCUGCAUCGAUGUCCUGAAUGAGCUCACUCGUGGGCUCAAUAAGGGCGUCAAGGACGCCAUGCAUGGCCUCAGCGUGACCUUGAGUGGCUUCAAGUACUCCAUCGGGAGCUCCCAUGCCGUCGUGCAGAACAUCAUGAAGCAUCCCCAAAGACUAGGAUUCAAGGAGGUCACCACGGCGUGCUGCGGCUCCGGCAGGUUCAACGGCAAGUCCGGGUGCACGCCCAACGCCACGCUGUGCGACAACCGGCACGAGUACCUCUUCUGGGACUUGCUGCAUCCGACGCACGCCACGUCCAAGCUCGCCGCCGCGGCCAUCUACAACGGUUCGCUGCGCUUCGCCGCGCCCGUAAAUUUCAGGCAGCUAGUGGAGGACCUGUCCUAAAUUAGGACCGCGCGCGCGUGAUCGUGUUGUGCUGUAGAUUUGCUGCGUCUGUGUUGGUGAUAUUGGUGCGUAGGAUAUGCGUGGUGGUGUUUAGUCUGUUGCUUAAUUUGUGUAGCCGGUGGUGUCGUGUAAUGUGGAUUCUAAGAUCAAUAUAUUAUCUCUGUUAUGCUGGUUACGUUCUUC